AUUAUAGGGCAUUCCCAAAGAUUACGUGGUUAAUCUAUUUUAAGAAUACUUGGAAUUGCCACAACAUACUUUCAUUAUUGAAGGGAAGUUCUACACAGGGAAGAACAUGUUUGAAAGAAUAUAUUACAAUAAAAAUGACAACGGAAGAGAAUGAGGAAGCCAGAUCGGCCCACAAUGCGUUGGCAGAGUAUGUUGACUCUCAGCUUGUGGAGGAAGAAUUCAACAGAUUAAAAAAGCUAUUUUUAAAAUGUCCCAUUAAACCGAAAGAUAUGCCAAACAUUCGAAAUAUGACCGAAUUAUUUCAACAACUAGAAUCGGAUGAGAAAAUAUCAGUGGGGGACUAUAAAAAUUUUACUAAAAGUUUGAAAAUCAUUAAUCGAAGACUGGCUACUGAAGUGGAAAAAAGACAGAGUAGAAUUGAACAAAUGUUGAACAGAGGUCCAUCAGAAUGUAGCCAAGAGAGAGCAAGAUAUGAAAGCCAUCAGCCUCCAACAGGAAAUUUCCAACAAAUGAAUGAAGUGGUUCCUGUACAAGAAGCAAAAGAAGGUACUGCAGGGAACUUCCACAGGAAUGAAAAGGGAUUAUCGUUCACUGACAUUGAGGCAUUGGGGAAAUCUGAUCUUAGGAAGUCUAUUGGAAUUAUUAAAAUAAAAAAAGAUGGCCGCUUAUCAGGAUCUGGAACAGGGUUUCGUGUCGGAAGAAACUACCUCAUGACUGCCUAUCAUGUACUUGAUGAAACUAUUAAAAGUUUAUGGAAGCUGGCAUUAAGGAAAGCUGGGCAAAGUAAUUUCAAACAAGCAAUAUAUCAGGAAAUUCAACAACUUUUUGAGAUUUUGCCAGAUAAAAUAGAACCGGACCAUUUCAAACCUAGCCAGCAACCUCUCCCAUUUGGGAAACUGUUUGAGUAUCUACAUAAAAGUGGAGAACAGACAGAAGUGUUCGAUACAUUGUUUAAGCAAGCUGCCAGAGUGGAGUUUGGAAUGAAAGAUGGCAAAGCUACUGCCGGAGAAUUCUAUUUCGAGUACAACAUACCAUUUGCUGAUGAGGCUCUUGACGUUCUUGUCCUUGAAAUUGUGAGUGAAGGAGAUAGCAUUCUUCCACCACCACUACCACUGGAAGAGGACAGCAUUAGAGAACGUGGACAUCUGAUUGGGUACCCGAUAGUCCAGACUGAAGUUGAUCUAUGGUCGGAUGUAACAUGUAACAUCUAUACUAACAAUAGAUAUAACGAGCUUCAAAAAGAUGUCACUAAAGCUAUAAAAUGGUGGAAAGAUGAAAGAAACCUCAUGGUUGAAGGUGAUUACGCUGUUUGUCGUAAUAUCCCUAAAACCAAUUGCUCAGCCACUGGUGAAAUGUUUCUUCACUCAUCAAAGGAGUUUGAGUACCGAUCUUCUGGGUCUCCGAUCUUUGCCAUUAUCCACGACAGACUCGUUGUACAAUUGAUGUACUUGAGAGGCUAUCCUGAGUUCUGCUACGCCGAGAGGAACUUCCCUCCACAACAGUACUUGUUUGAGGCAGGUGUAGCCAUGCCGGUUAUAACACAGCUUCUGAGGAAGAGGUGUCCAAACAUCAUGGAAAAAUAGUACCGAACGCAAGAAAACAACCAAUGAGGAAGUCUUACAUGGCUUUUAAGUAAUCAUGUAAGAUUAUAAGAACUUAAUUUCAUUUUAUUGAAUAUAGAUAUGAUAUGCAAAACAUUACAAAUAAAUUGAAAUGGGAUAUAGAAGCAGGUUUCAUUGCUGUUUCAAUGAAUUUGUUGUAAUCUUGAAAAAUGGGCGGCAGUUGGAAAUGAAAUGAUAUUUCUAGUCCUUACUCGUUUUUAGUCGAUCUACAGGAUUUUUUUAAUUUUUUUUUUAAAGUUUUUGGAAGUUUUUCGUUGAUAUGUUUAGUAUAUUUCUUUAAUAUCACAUAAAUAUGAAGCUUUAUUGCAGCAUAGUAAGUGUUGUGUAGUUACGAAUACUGUUUAUCUAGAAACAUGGAAAUUAUAAUUACUGUUAUUGAGGAAAAUAUAGCUGAUAUUUCCAACAGUCUCCUCAUCUCAACCCUGAUUGAUUGAUUGAUGGGGCUUAACGUCCUUGUUCCGGUUAUAACCGAGCCUAGGACACUCAUCUCAACCCAUUACAGUUGCACCUAUUUAAGCAUUGAACUGCUUUCAGUUGGAAGUUAUGGACUGAUGAAUGCCAACUGGACAAAGGCAAAUUUAAUGAAGCGCACUAGCAUCAUAGUAAUCAUUAUAGUGUGUACGUUAGCGGUGUAAAUGUCUCCUCGUCCAUUCAUGUAUCUUUGUAAGUUGGCAACUCAACGUAAAGCGUCGCUCGAUCAUGUUUGUUUGUUUGUUUGUUUGCUUGCUUGCUUGCUGUAUUUAUCGCCCCGUGAACAGUCAAGGUCAUUCUGAAGCGGGCCUCCUUGAAGUAGUUGAUGACUACCUCUCUGUACAACAUACGCGAGGUCCGUCACAUUCCAUGUAGAACAAUUAGGACAACGCGUCUUGCUAAGAACUAAACCACGGCACCACAGACCAGUACAAAGCAUUUCGUGACUAAAGACUAAGUUUAAUAUUAUUGGGGUACUUUGUCGGCAUAUUUGGACUUUCUUGUGUUAUUUGCCUCAUAUAGAUAAGGAUGAACGUUUAUCAGCUUUCUCAUUGUAAAAAAGUUCCUUAAAUGCGAACUUGAUCUUAAACACGGAAUUGUCAUCCUUUGUAGAGGUUUUGCCAUACUUGAUCAGAUAAUAAAAAGUUGUUAGACUGAAACACUUUUUAUUGUAAAUAAAAAGAUUGUUUACGAUACUAACUCAUGAAUUCCAUUAACAUUUCAUUUGGCCAAUGUUUCGUUUCAGUUUUAUGAUAGGGAUGUGGAAGAUAUACAGUAUAUCAAUAUAAAAAUGGACAUUAUGUUUGUCGAACGAACUAUUAAUUUAAUUAUCAGUAAUUCACUUUAUUGUUGUUGGUGUUUUGUCUGUCUAAUGCUCAAACAUUGAACUUAAUCAACUACAUAUGUAGUUAUUUUAACAAACAUUUUUAUUAUGAAAUAUAAUAUUCAUUUCACAUACAUGACCGUUUCAAGAUUUACAAGCAGCACCACUAAAACCCAGUAUAAAUUUGAAGGUCUACGAUACCAUGAUCAGGGAAUUGACUCUUAAGUUGAAUAAACGAUUUUAGAAAUA